GCGAACUCCCGUGGACAAGUGCCAUCACAACUGGCGUCGACUGGAAGUCACUUGUCAUGCCGGCCUGUUUGCCAAUUACCACAGAUUUUUUGCCUGACAAGCAAACUUUGCGUCAGUGUUACGAAUUUUAUGCGUAUGAUCUCCUUCCAGAAGAUCAGGUCAACGAUUUCUUUCAAGAAAAACUGUUCAAGAAAGAAGAGGAAUUGAACAAGAAGGAGCAUACGCAUACAACUGAAAGGGUUUACAUUGAAAUGAUUUGCCAGAGAUUGCAGCAAGGCUUUCAGUUGAUUCUUCAGCCCAAGGCAGAGAUGCUCAGCACUCUGGAUGACCAAAGCCACGACAAGUGCAUGUACAUUCUCAGCAUUGGUCGAAUAUACCACGAGCUUCUUUUGCGAGAAAGUAAGAUCACCAUCACCUAUUACCACCCUCGGCAUGUGAGUAUUGCCAAGAACAUCAAGUACUGCUACCGAAUUCGCACACCAGACAAUGAUACCUAUGGCAUCUCUUGGGUGGAGUUUGCUGGUGAACGUUUGGAGAACUACAAGUGGAACUAUCUCGAUAAUUACAUUUGCCUUCGUGCUGACAGUGACUACCAGCUCAUUGACAGUCUCAAGUUUUGGCGCUUUCGACUUCUCGUCCUGCCGACCAUGCACUCCAUUACAAAGGUGAUCAUUGAAAAGUACACCAAAUGCGAGGAACGUUUCGACUGUGAUCUUUACCAUGUCUUUACAUCGGAGGAAAAGAGAGACCACCAGGCUGCCUUUUUGAAGCUACUUGAAGUUUUCAAUCGGAUAAAGAACACUCACAGUAAACAUGUGGUGAACAUGCUGCGAAAUGACAGUUCCAGUCGAGCGCCCAAUCGGCGCAAUAGUACUACUCCAAACACUUCCUUUGCUGGCCUGAAAAAGUUGGACUCGCUAAAUUACACACGACAUUCACAACCGGCAGAAAGUCUUUUGAGUACCAUUAGUGAAACUAGUUCAAGAAUGGCAAUGAAAGUUGAUUCGGAAAAAGGCGAGCACACGAGCCAGUUGAAAAUUAUCGAAAAAUUGAGAAAUAGUGACCUCUUCAUCAAAUCGAAAUAUCUCCCUCCAAACACUUUUAUUGGCUGUGAUGCCCUCAUGUGGGCUGUCAACUGUGAGAAUGAAACCGAAGCAAGUGCUGAGAUGCUGUUCAAGUCUCUGCAGACCAAUGGUUUAAUAAGACAUGCUUCAGGAGAUGAAACUAAAGAGUUCAACCGAGGCUUCUACUUCUACUGCAUCGUUGACGACGAAUCGAAAAAAUACUUUGAAAAGUACAAAAUGGACAUUAGUACUUUUGAGCGUGAUUGGAUGGAGGUGGGUGUCGUGCACCAGUUCAAUUCGAAGCAGCUGGAGAAUUUCUACGAAGACUCAAGUGAAAUUAUGUCAAGCAACAAGCCUGAAGAUAAAUUUACCUUUAAGAACCUGAUGUUUGAUGUAGAAAAUGGAGGCAAAAGUGGUCGGGUUGAGUGGGUGAACGUCAAAUACCAUAGUUUAUUUGACCCUGAUCAGGCCUUUGAGAUGGUCAUCGAGUGGAUGGUCGCCACAGGAAACGCUAUUCCGGAGAUAGUCAAUUCUUGGAGUAGAACCAAGUUUGCACAGCCAAACAAUCUUCACAUUGUUCCAAUUCCUUGGGACCCAUUUGCACUUCCCUUCUCAAACAAAUCUGACCCACUGCGAGGGCCAAUUUACAUUUCACUUAACGCUGACUGUCUAACUUCAUCAACCAAAGUGCUCGACGCUGAAGGAUUGUUUAGUUUUCAGGAAAAAAUUUUGGUCAAGUUUGGGUUUAUUCCAUUCUGUGAUCCCAGCACUGACAAUCAGCGAAACUUUGUGCACGUAUCAGGUAGUAUUUUCGUGAUGAUUCCCAACAAAAAUCCUGCUUCGUCGCCUUCAAAGAAUCUUAAUAAACGAGGAAAAUUUCUCAUGCCUAAUGAUCUCGAAAUGGCCUGCAGUCCGCAUGAAGAGUACAUCACUAGACAUUUCAGUGGCAUGCAAACUACCGGACAAAGUGUGCACAAUAUGAGCAAGAUUGGCUUUCUGUGGUGCUGGAACUACAUGAUCACUAAACGCUGGAAGACAAAUGUCACCGGAGACGAGCAUUCAAUGCGAAAAAUCAUGGAUGAUUUUAAAGCUUUCUGCUCUAAUGAUAAAAAUCGGCUCAGAGAGUUUUGGGACAUUUACGAAACUUGGACAGAUGGACCAGCAGCAGCAGUCGCCGCAGCCGCAGCCUCAGCCUCCAAGGCGCUGGAUAAGCCCUCGGCCUGA